AUGAAAAUUCAUAACACUUGGUUUGCUUAAGCCACAUAUUUAGGAAUUCUUGGUGCUUUAGUUUUUGCUACAACAAGGUUCACAGUUCCAGAAUAUAGACUCUAUUAUAGAGUAGCCAAAGUUUAACAUCUUUGAGAAUUUUAUGAUAUCAAUUAUAAUAAUCGAACAAUAUUUUGAAUUUAUGCAGGCUCUUGUUAAAAUUAAUCAGCUUAUUUUUCUAUUUCAUAAACAUAGAGACCCUACAUAUAAUUAUUCAAGACUUUCUAAUAUAAUUAAGGAAUAUUAAUUUAAGUUCAUUAAUUUAAUUCUCAUAUUUAAAUCAAAAUCAACCGAAUAGGCUUCAUCAAAACAAGAAGAGAAUUUUCAUAAAUCUAAUUAUUAACAUUCUAAUUUAAGUAGUUCUCCUCAUUUAUAAUGUAUGUUUGGACAUUUCUUAGCUUUAAGAGCUUCAAUUGUUGAAAUAUACUAUAUAAAUUAUAUACUAAAUAAAUAAUCUUAAGUGUAAAAAGUAUUUAAACAAUUCCAACACAUAUACCUUCUAUACUAAAAUUAUAUUAUUUGA